CUUUUGAAUAUGGUGUUCAACGCUUUAAAGAUUUUACAGUCAUCAUCAUCAUCAUCAUCAUUAUCAGUCAGCCCAGCCGAACUCGCCUCCUAUGGAAACCGUGUGUUAUUAAUCAACGAGAAACUCAUUUCUACAUUGGUGAAGCCGACAAACACAAGUGACAAUGUCAGUUUUGCUCUUGCUGCUGUAGAGGUUGAAAUCUUUAUGGUUGGACCAAAUGUCACCUUAGAUAAAAUCCCUCGACUUGACACGACAAAUUCUUCCGUGGACAUUGAUCUCAUUGGGAUCGCCAAGAACAACAAUGAAACAAGAUCAGCUGCUGUGACUUUCAUGAGCUACAGCACAAUGGAGAAUCUACUGAAGCCCGACUUCUUCAACACAUCAAAUGACACAGUUAAAACCAUGAUGUCCACUGUGAUCUCAGCUACUCUUCCCAAAACCACCAACACUAAACUCACCAAACCAGUCAACUUCACCCUCAAACACAUCAGAGAGUUUGACCCCAACGGUUCUCUGUCCUGUGUGUACUGGAAUAUCAGCGAGUGGAUUGUAGAUGGUUGUUCUGUUUUAGAGAUCAACAGCAGCUACACUGUGUGUUCCUGUGUUCAUCUGUCAACAUUCGCUCUCAUAAUGCAAACCAGCCGUCCAUCAGAGAGCGACUCACAGCUGGAUUUGUUGUAUUUGGUGUGUGUGAUCGUGGGGCUGGUGUUCUUCAGUUUGGCCCUGUUGACCUUUGCCCUUUGUCAGAGGAGGCCUGGAGUGAAUAACGUGGCUCGAAUCAACCUCUGCAUCAGUCUUCUGCUGGCUCACCUUCUGUUCCUGCUCACACAGCAGUUCCUGAGCCUCAUACGCCCUCAUCAGGUGUUGUGUGAUGUGAUAUCAGGUGUGCUGCACUUCCUCUUUCUCUCCGGCUUUGUGUGGAUGUUCAUUGAAGCUGUGCUGCUCUUCAUCUGUGUGAAGAACCUAUCACAGAUCAGCUCCAAAAAAAGGGAGGUGCUUAGCACUGGAUUCCUGUGUGUGAUUGGAUACACGGUUGCUCUGGUUGUGGUGGCUGUGUCUGUCGGGCUGGUUCCUGAUGGCUACGGUAGCGAACACUGCUGGAUUAAAAGGGAUAAAGGCUAUAUAUGGAGUUUUCUGGGACCUGUUUGUGUCAUAAUAACACUGAACAUGAUUCUCUUCAUCUGCAUCGUCAUCAUUCUGAACUCAACUUUGAAAAAUCUGAAUGCUGAAGUUUCACAGAUGAAACAAACCAAGACUAUGACAUUUAAAACACUGUCUCAGUUUGUGGUUCUUGGUUGCUCCUGGAUUCUGGGUUUCUUCACUAAUGGCAGGAAGGAGCUGGAGAUCAUCUUCCUGAUCUUGAACUCCCAGCAGGGAACCUUCAUCUUCCUGAUCUAUUGUGUCCUUAAUAAUGAGGUCAGGCAGAAGUACAGGAAGUUCUUCAGAUAUCUUUGCUGUGAACUCAAACUGAACACCAUUAACUGUGUCCUCAAGAAACGCUGAGGACUAUACCAUCCAAAUUCAGGAGAGGAAGUGCCAUUAUUAUAAAAGUGAUACUAUCACUACUUUGAUGUUAAAUUAUAGUCUCAGCUACAAGUUUCAGUUAACAUGCUAUACAUUUACAGAUGUCAAUACUCUUAUGUGAAUCUAUACAUUUUUUUAAGUGCAACAUUUCGUUGGUGGAGGAACUGCCAUGAUUUUAAGAACAAUGUAUACUGGAGUGAUUUAUACUUUCAAUACACUAAAUUAAGAAGGGAAAAAAGUAAUCGUUUUUGACUUUAAAGUGUUUUAUUAAAGCAGUGUGAUAAAUGUAACAUUUCAAAUCUUGUUUUCUUUUAAACAAUCUAUUUACAACUCUUUAAAGGGGACCUAUUAUGCAAAAUUCACUUUUAUAAGGUGUUUGAACACAGAUGUCCCAUAUAGCAAGCAACCAUCAAAAUAAUGUUAAAUCAAUGUUAAUGUGUCAGCGUUAACCGAAUUGAAUAAACAUCACUUUUGCACCUGCAAUUAAUGUUGAAAAAAUGUUGAAAUUUCAAAAAAAAAAAAAAAAAUCAGUGGCAAUGGCAUUGUCAGUGUUCAUCAAUGUUACAAUGUGAUGCAUCAUGCUUGCACUCUCAAAAAAUGAAACACAAGUACAACUGACUUAAAGCCACACAGCCUGAAAUCAACUGAAGAUAAAAGACAUUAAAUCUCUCAAGAUCUCAACAGAGGAUGAUUGAACAACUCCAAAGAAAGCAUUAACAGCUUCACUUAUUACUAACCAGUUUGACUUUAUUUCUGCCAUUCAUCUACAUAAAUUACUUUUGAGAAUUAACAGAGAUUUAGAUGUUGAUGUUUUAUUGAAAAUGUUUCACCAUUAUGACAAUCAGUGUUUCAUUUAGUCAGGUAGUUUGACUCCUGGCUUUUUAUGUGAGUUUGUGUUCUUUGUAACAGUGUUUAUACUGCCCUACUAAAGGAAACACUGAUCACCACAGUGGUGAGCAAAUUGUGACAUUUUCAAUAAAACAUCAAUAAACCUCUGUUAAUUCUCAAAAAGAACAUCUGCUGAGAUCUUUUUUAUUUGCAGUUGAUUUCAGGCUGUGUGGCUUUAAGUCAGUUGUAGUUGUUGUUUCUUUUUCUGAGAGUGUAAGCAUGAUGUUGAACCAACAUCACAUUGUAACAUUGAUUCCAUUGCCAUUACCAUUGAUUUCUUUUGUUUGUUUUGUUGAUUUUUUUAACAUUAAUUGUGGGUGCAAAAGUGAUAUUGAUUCAAUGCAGUUAACAUUGACACAUUAACAAUGAUUUAACAUUAGUUCGAUGGUUGCUUGCUAUCUGAUGUGUGUCCACAGUGUGUGUAAACAACCAGCCUAUAAUGGUAAAAAUCCAUCCACUCCUUUUUUUAUAAUCUCCAUAAAUCAAAAAUAGUCUCUCCAAACGCAUAGUUCCAGAUUUCCCCCUACUCUUAUGUAAGAGGAGGGAAACCAUGCCCAUGACUGGUGACGAUCUGCCCUGUUAGCAUAGAUACCACACUAAGUGAGCCGCAGUAGUCCACCAUUUCUGUUUCCUUGCUGUAGCAGCUGGUAAUGUUUAAUGUCUGCACCAAAAAAAAAAAACAUUACAAUGCUGGAUUUGCACAAAAGAUUAGCAUGACGAGUUGAAUCAAAUUGAUUCCACAACAGCUACAUAAAUGUUUCCACGAACCAUUCAGAAAUGUCCGGUUGCAUUCUAAAAGUUGUAACUUCUUCUUGAGUCUCUCCAUCAGUGUCCGACUCUGGUUCAAACAUGUACAACCUGAAUUCCAGAAAUGUUGGGACGUUUUUUUUAAAUUUGAAUAAAAUGAAAACUAAAAGACUUUAAUAUCACAUGAGCCAAUAUUUUAUUCACAAUAGAACAUAGAUAGCAUAACAAAUGUUUAAACAGAGAAAUUUUACACUUUUAUCCACUAAAUGAGCUCAUUUCUAAUUUGAUGCCUGCUACAGGUCUCAAAAAAGCUGGCACAGGGGCAACAAAUAGCUGAAAAAGCAAGAAAUUUUGAGCAGAUUCAGCUGGGAGAACAUUUAGCAACUGAUUAAGUUAAUUGAUAUCAAGUCUAUAACAUCAUUAGCCAAAAAAGGGAUGUCUUAGAGAGGCAGAGUCUCUCAGAAGUAAAAAGAUUGUGGAAUACUUUAAAAACAAUGUUCCUCAACGUCAAAUUGCAAAGGCUUUGCAAACCUUAUCAUCUACAGUGCAUAACAUCAUCAAAAGAUUCAGAGAAACUGGAGAAAUCUCUGUGCAUAAGGGACAAGGCCGAAGAACUUUAUUGGAUGCCCGUGGUCUUUGGGCCCUCAGACGACACUCAUCACUCACCUCGAUGCCCAGACGUCUUCAAACUGUUUUGAAAAGGAGAUGCUACACCAUGGUAAACAUGCCCCCGUCCCAACUAUUCUGAGACCUGUAGCAGGCAUCAAAUUUGAAAUGAGCUCAUUUUGUGCAUAAAAUUGUAUGAUUUCAAAGUUUAAACAUUUGUUAUGUUAUCUAUGUUCUAUUGUGAAUAAAAUAUUGGCUCGUGUGAUUAGAAAGUCUUUUAGUUUUCAUUUUAUUCAAAUUUUAAAAAACGUCCCAACAUUUCCAGAAUUCGGUUUGUAAAAGGCUGAACACCGCUACUGACAAUUUCUGACAUUUUGGCUGUGUGAGAUUCUCCAGUUUUGUUGUUGUAUUCAAAGCGUGAGCUGUUAAAUUCCCGCCCUCUUCUGGAAAGGGAACAGCAGCUCAUUUACAUUUAAAGGGACACGCAAGAACGUGUUUUUGCUCACACCCAAAUAGAAGAAAAUGAUCUGUGGGUAUUUUGAGCUGAAACUUCAGAUACAUUGGGGAUACCAGAGUCUUAUAUUACACCCUGUGAAAAGGGGCAUAAUAGGUCCCCUUUAAAAACAGCUCAUAACACACAGUAUCUGAUAAUCCAAGUUUAGCUAUUGCCUUUAUGCAAAAGUAUGUAACAAGAGAAAAAAAAAAAAAACAAACAAACAAAAAAAAAAAACAGAAGAUU